CAGGGGGCGCUGUCACCAUCCACAUCUGUUCUUCUGCCGCUGACUUCCUCUCUUGGCUCCACUCUUUAUCUUUUUCUGGUCGCUCGGGUUUUCUUUCUCUUCCGGUUGUCGUCUGUUCGUGUGGCAGAUUAACCAGCGUCGAAAUGGCCAAGUCUAAGAACCACACAACCCACAACCAGUCUCGGAAACACCACAGGAAUGGCAUCAAGAAGCCACGAUCACAGCGAUAUGAAUCUCUGAAGGGGGUGGACCCCAAGUUCCUGAGGAAUAUGCGCUUUGCUAAGAAGCACAACAAGAAGGGCUUGAAGGCAGCACGGAAGGCCGCUAUGGAGAAAUAAGCAGCUACCCCAUCACCUCAUGUCUGUCAGAGUCCAUUUUGUGUUACCAUCAUCGAAAUAAAGCUAUGCUUUGUUAACACACCAACAUCUGAUUGUACUUUAUUGAGGUUCCUGCUUCUCUCUGGUUCUAUAGAAUAAAUCAUGUUAUUGGUUA